UCCAUCUGACAUCCACUCCAAAGGCUCGUGAACCAAAGCAUGCUACUUGCACUGUGAUGACCAAGCAAGCAGUCAUUCCUCAUUAAAACCUUUUAUUUUUCAUCCCUCUUCAAAUUAUUCCAUUUCAAGAGAAAAAGGAAACCAAGCUCUUACCCCGAUCACUUCCCCUCCGUCGUACCGCCCUAAAUGUCCCUCACUUCUCUCACCACCACCAUGAAAAUCCUCGCCUCUUCCCUCACCCUCAUCCUCCUCCACUCCACGGUGGCGGAAUCCAACACCUUCCCCGGCGACAUCGCCGCCCUCAAAUCAUUUCUCGCCGCCCUCGAUCCCGCCUCCAUCCCCCCCGGCUCUUGCCUCGCCUCCUGGGACUUCAAACUCGACCCCUGCUCUUCUGCAUUUAGCACCCACUUCACUUGCGGCCUCCGCUGCGACGCCACCUCCUCCGACUCCACCAGCCUCACCUUCUCCCGCAUCACCGACCUCUCCCUCGACUCCAUCGGCUACUCCGGCCCCCUCUCCCCUUCCAUCUGGUCCCUCCCCUUCCUCCAAUCCCUUGAUCUCUCCAACAAUCGCUUCUACGGACCCAUCCCUUCUCCUCUCCCCAUCUCCUCCCUCCCCCCUCUUCUCCGCCGCAUUUCGCUCUCCCACAACUCUCUCUCCGGCUCUAUCCCAUCCUUUUCCGCCUCCCCUUCCCUCGAAGAGCUCUACCUAGACGGCAAUCGCCUUUCUGGCCCCUUCAUUUCCACAUCCUUCCCCUCCCUCCGUCGCCUCGAUCUUCAAUCCAACAACUUCUCCGGCUCAUUCCCCGACCUCCGCUCCCUCUCCAACCUCAACUUCCUCGACUUAAGCGACAACUCAUUCUCCGGCCCUUUCCCCCCCGACUCCCUCCCUUCCUCUCUCUUCGAGCUAUCAAUGCGCAACAAUCUCCUCACCGGUAACCUACCAGGCUCACUUCUCGCCUCUCUGCCACUCUUACAGGUUCUCGAUCUCAGCCAUAAUGCCCUCUCUGGUCCAGUCCCAUCGGCGGCCUUUGAACACCCCGCACUGGAGCAGCUGGCGCUGUCCGGAAACGCGUUCGAAUGGGUGGAGGAACCGGACGAAAUCAUCGCUAGCAGCAACAUGGUGGCGCUCGAUCUCAGCCACAACGAAAUCAGCGGAUUGUUGCCGGAGUUCGUCGGCUCCAUGCCGCAGCUCACGGCGGUCGUUCUGGAGGAUAACCGAUUCACCGGACUGAUUCCGACGCAAUACGCAAUGCGGGCGGCUGGCAUCCCCGGCGCUUGGGUUGCUUUUGAGCGGCUGCUGCUGGGUGGGAACUAUUUAUACGGGCCGAUACCGGGGCUGAUGCAGGGGAUGAAGAAUGGAGCGGCGGCGGUGGUCAGCCUCGCCGACAACUGCCUGUUUCGUUGCCCAGAAUAUUUGUAUUUCUGCGCUGGAAGGGAGCAGAAGCCUGCUGUUGUUUGUCGGGAUUUCAACCCCAUGAUCCCGUGAUGGAGACUGUAAGGUAAGAUUGUUAUGGCUUAAUUAUGAUGGAGAUCUACCUCUUCUGUGUGGUGCUGUUUAAUUAUUCUCUGUAUGCAGCGUGUGGUUGAUAGACGGGAAAGAGGGAUGGGGGGAAGAUGACGAGUGUUGCAAUUUUGGCGUUCUGGUUUAAUGCCAGUUGCAGGAUUGGCUGUCCGAUAGGAUAUGUAUAUUUAUAAAAUUGCAUUUUUUUAAUAAUAUGAGACAUUAUUUCACGU